AUGUCCUCAGCAGCCUGUGCCAUCCAGCAACAGAAUGGGCCAGAUGAGGACAGACGUGACGGUCCGUGUUGCUGGAGUUCAGAUGACGUAGAAGAGCCUGAAACAGCAAGAUGUCAGCAUCUGCAUCAGCACCGCGGGUCGGUAGCGACACCGCAACACCACAAAAUUAUUCAGGAUAUACAGGAGUGCAUCAAACAGAUGAAGGAUGACUUCGGUGAGACAAAAGCCCCCAUCAAUGAUGACAACCAAACCCUCCACAGAUUCUGUGCCAAGCUGGAGUACCUGCUACAGGCACAUAUGAAAGAGCGGUACUCCAUGCUGGGUCGGAGGAAGGACUACUGGGACUACUUCGUUGACUGUCUCGGCUCCACCAAGGGCAUCAACGAUGGCAUCAAAUACGUCAAGUCACUGGGAGAGCAUAAGACUUCAUUGGGAAAGGGCCGAGCAUUCCUGCGUUUUUCUUUGGUGCAUCAGCGCCUACCCGACACCAUUCAGCAGUGCGUGCAGCACCCUAAAACAGGGGAGUGGUUCCACCCCCAGAGUGUGUGGUACCAGAAAGGGCUAACAAGUGGGCUCAUCAACUCUCUCUAUGAUCUCACUGAUGUGCACUUUGACCUUUCACCUAGAGGUUAUGACCUUGACACAGCAUGGCCCUCAUUUGCCAAGAAGCAGGGAGGUAAUUACACAUGGAACCCGCCAAGCAGGCGCUCCAGCAUCAGCAGCAUGGCUUCCAUCUCAAUGCAGGACACAUCAAGUCUGCUGAGUGUGCCCCUCUAUGUGGACUCCAGCUCCAGUGAGGUGGACAAGCUGACCCAGGACCUUGAGACAUCCGAGACCGUCCGGACACAGCUUAUGGAUCAGGUUGGGUCCCUCCAGCAGGAGAAGAUGGAGGUGAGCCAGUCUGUGUGGUCCACGCAGGGGGAGUUGAACGCCGUGCAGGAGCAGCUUCGAGACCUCCAGGAACAGCACACAGAGCUGCAGGAACGUCACCUCCAGCUGGAGAAGAGACAUGACAAGAUGUGUAUUGAAAAUAACAGUACUGAGAAAGAUUGGCAGAGUAAGGAGCGAGACCUGACCAAUCAGCUGCAGGCUCUCAAGGAGCAGAAGACAGAGGCUGACAGACAGUUUGAGCAGGUCAGGUCACAACUGGAUGAUGUCAGGAGGGAGGUGGUGGCCAUUAAUGAGAGGCACAAAGCUGAAGUAGAAAGACUGGAAGCUGACAGAACAGAACUACUUGUUCAAACAAAAGCUUUGGAGAAAGAGAUUUCCUUGACCUCUGAGUCCGAGAGAAGGAAAGGAGAACAGAUUGAGUCACUGGAAGUAAAGGUCAAGGUCAGCGAGGAGAAGAACACAGAGUUGUUGACCCAAUUACAAGCUUCACUGGAUGGUAAGGAAUCAAAGGCUACAAGUCAGCUGGAGGCAGCAAACAAGUUGCAUGAAGUCGUGGCCCAUCUGAAGGAGGUGGAACUAGUCAACGUGAGACUGCAGACAGCCAAUGAAGAACUGUCAAAGAAAUGUGAGCACCUGGAAAAGAAUGUCGAGUCAGUUGAAAGAGUGAAAAGUGGUCUUGAAGAAACUGUUUUGAAAGUGAAACAAGAAUCAGAAAAAAGCAUGUUAAAUUUUCAAAAUGAAUUCAAAGAUUUGACUGAAUCCAACACAAGGACAAUAGAGUCCUUGCAGGCUGAUCUCAUGGGAAAGAAUGAUGAAGUGAAUCUUAAGAGUUCAGAAAUUGAAAAUCUAUCAUCAGAGAUUUCAGAACUGAUUUUGAAAUCUGGAGUUAAGGACAAUAUGCUUGUUCAGUGUUACACCCAACUCAACCUUCUGGCAGGUUCAGACAGUAUUGAUGACAUUGAUGGCAGUCGGUUUCAAGUUGAUACUUUCUUGGGUGAUGUCAAGUUGUGUCAAGAAACAAUCACAAAGAGGAUGAACGAGAUGAGGGAGGAAAUCAGGCAGCUGACCUUGGAGAAAAGUCAACUGAAUGUUGAGCGAGAGAAACUAGCCAGUGAGAAAGAAUACAUCAUGGACAAUCUUGAUGAACUGCGCAAAGCGUUUGGAGAGUUCCAGCAGAGCAAUGAGACACAGCAGCGUGACCUUGAUCUUGCCCAUGCCCAGACACAGUCGGAGCUGCGUCAGGCAGAGCUAGAGCUGCAGGAGAAGGAGGCUGAGCUGAAGAAAUUAUCAGGUCGACUGGAUGAACAGAAGGAGGCAGUUGUAGAUGUCCUUGAGAUGUGUGGCAUACAGCAGGAUUCUGUUGAUACAUCUGACUGUAGACAAAUGAUGUCUUCAAUAUCGCUGCAUGUUCAGAAGGUGUCGACCAAGAUCUCUGACAUGGAAAGUGAGAAAGAGAUCCUUCAGGGUAAACUGAGUCAUCUACAAGCAGGAGAGUCAGAUAAAGGGACACAACUCCAGAACCUGGAAGAGAAAUUUUCUAGUUUACAGCAAUCACUAGGUGAUGCAAGAGAACUUGAAUCAAGUUUGAGAAAUGAUCUGACAGAGAAGGAACGUCUGCUGCAGGAUCAGUGUUCAAAUUACUCCGAUCUCAAGACAAAACAUGAGAAGUUGGUGGACAAAUGUUCCAGUUUGAAUGAAGCAAAUGAACAGAUAAAAUCUGAUAAUGUUUCUCUCAGGGAAAAGGUAUCAUCUCUGACCCAUGAUCUCAAUGACCUCAAUGUCACCAUGGCAACUACUAAUGAAAGACUGCAAACAGCAGCAGAUCUGAAAGGGAAAGAUGCUCAACAUCAUGAAGAGCUAGUCAGGAUGAAGGAUAGAGAAAUCAGUGAGAAGGACAACAUAAUCAAGUCAGUUGGAAAUGAAAAACAGAACCUGAAGGAUGACUUAGAAAAGACAACAAAACUGAAGUCUGAAAUGGAGAAAGAAAAAGGAAAUUUGGAAGGAGAGGUCAGUAAUGUGAAAGCGCUUCUCACCUCCUCGCAAAGUGAGUGUCAGAAUCUUCAAGGAUUGAUUGACAAAGAGCAGAUGUCACGACAGGAGGUAGAACAGAAGUUGAAAGUCAGCUCAGAGGAGGUCAUGACUCUCAAGGCAACAGUCACUGAUGUCCAAAUGGAUCUGAAAUCUCAGGAGGAGAAAUAUGAUAAGAUGCUCAAGACUCAUGAGAUGGAGAGGAACCAGCUCAACACUCGGCUGGAGGAAGUACUCAGUGACACCCAGAUAAUAAAGACUCAACUGAAGGAGACAUCAGAUGAACUGGAGCAAGCAUGUUCCUUGAAAGAAAGAGCAGAGCAAGAGAAGGAAGAGGUAACAAAUAUCCUCAAAAAUCUGGAGGCAAGCUACAAGGAACUGAAGGCAAAACUCAAUCUGUUUGAAGAGGAGGGACAAGAGUUUGCUUCUGCCAAAGAAAGUAUUGAAAAAGAAAAGGAAAGUUUGAUAUCUGAGUUGGAUAAAUUGAAGGAAAAUUUGAAAGAUCUUGAGACUGUUAGAGAUACCACAGUGACGGAGAAAGAUGAAGCGAUAACUCUUCUAGAGCAAAAACUGGAAGUAUCAAAGUCACAAUUGGAACAGUUUGAAGAAAGUCUCCAGAGCCUAGAGAAAAAUAAAGAGACAUUACUGGAUCAGUUAAGAGAAGCAGAAGAAGACAGAGAGGAUUUGAAGAAAUCCUUGGAUAAGGCAGAGAAUAAUGUGGAUGAGAAAGAGAGCAAUAAUGAAGAACUCCAGCAGACCGUUCUAAAACUGACAAGUAAUGUUACAGAGUUGGAGAAGUCACUGGAGGAGAGAUCAAGGCGAUGUGAGGAACUAGAGUCAAUGUCUGGAACACAGUCAGCCUUGCAGACUCAGAUAGAGUCUCUCAACCAGGAGAUCUCAGCUCUCCAGUUCCAGCUCAGUGCUGAGCAGAUGCAGCAUGAAGAGUCACUCAGUAGCUACACUGAUCAGGAUCAUGAGGUGACCGAACUGACCAACAAGCUGGCUGAACAGGAAGCAACCAUUAUGCAGCUUGAACAGGAAGUGACAUCACUACAGACAGGCAAAGAGGAGGAGACAAUGAAGGUGACCCAACAGGUUGAAAGCUUGACUUCACAGUUGAAAGAAAGGAAUGAAGAAAAUAACAAGCUAUCUGAAAAGCUACAGAUGACUGAGACGGAGCUAGUGUCGGAGAGAGAUACCAGAGAGAGGCUCGAGACUGACAUGGAUUCUGUGGAGGAGAAGUACAACCAGCUCCUCCAGGACAAGGACGAGGAGAUCACAGGUCUGAAGGCCGAUAUGAAACAGCUCAAACGGAAACUACUGAAGCUCGUCAGGGACAAGGACCAGCUGUGGCAGAAGACCGACCAGCUGGCCUACCAGCAGAAGGUGCAGGCCAAGGAGACAUGGAUGGACAACAACACUGCAACAAACUGUCUCAAGUGCAAGGCCGAGUUCUCCAUCUGGCUGAGGAGGGUACGGCUCUUUGCAGUCAGCAUUAUAUACUUGAUACUAGAAUCUGUUCACUACCACAUUGCAUGUUGUGAUGAUGCUAUUCCCAUGGUCAGUGUGAGCGAGCAGGCAGAAGCGCCCCCUAGAGGAGCAACUGUGAGUCCAGAGCGGGAGGAUCCCUUCCACGUCAUCACGGAUGAAGAAGUUUCUAAAUCUCUGACUGAGUAUGAGCCAGACACACUGAGUUCCACGCUGAGUGCGAACAUGACGAGCAGCAUGAUCUUGUCGGCUGAAGAGUUGGAAAAGGGGGAGAUAAACCGUCAGAAUGAGAUCUGGAUCAAGCCAGGAAACACUUUUGUUGUGCCGAUUGUCAUUGACACAGUCAACACUGAGCUGUGCUGGGAGUUCACGUCUCAACCCAAGGAUGUUGUGUUCAGUGUAAAGUACCGGGAGAAUGAGUCGUCCCCGGUAGACGAGGCGGAGGACCUGGUUCCCCCCUGCAAGUGUGACUCCCACAAGCAGGCCGUGCAGGGCACACUCACAGCCAAACAAACAGGGCUGUACACACUUGUGUUUGAUAACACAUAUUCUAGAAUGACAGCUAAGAGGAUCCACUACUCUCUCCAGUCAAAAGCUAGCAGCUGAUCACUUCACCUCUGAAACAUGGCUCCACGCUGAUACAUCCCUCUCACUUCUUGGAGUGAUGCUUGUAUGAGUGUAUAAUGGCCACAAUAGGCUGCAUGAGCCACUGUAUGGCCACUGUUUCUCUCGCACUCAGACACAGUUCACUCAUCACAUUGCUUGGCUGUAAUAGCUGCAGUACAUAAGGUUACCUGGCGCUUUAUCGGCAGCUGAGAUUAGAGAAAACAAAUGAUGAUUGGUUGGUCAUUAUGUCUGAAAAUGGAUGGAUGGUGAUCUUGCAGAAGAAGGUGUCAACUUGAUGUUGUAUUGAUCGCUGCUCAUAUCACUGACCACUAGUCUCCCUUGUUCAACUACACUGCAGCCUGUUGUGAUGUAGUUUCAGUCAGGCUGAUCAUGGCGUUCAGUGUGAUAUACUCACUUCUACCUGUACAAUGUACCCCAGCUUCCUGUCUGCCAGCAGUGGAUCACGUACAGUGUUAUACUGUGUGUGUUCAGUGUGGCAGACAGGGGAUGUGUUGCCCCAAGUGUUGUAAAUAUCCUUCACAUCAUGUCUUGCCAUUUCCAUAUCACACAAUACUGAACUGAUCAUAACAUCUGCCUGGAAAAUUACUCAUGUUUCUCACCACUUGCCUGAAUACUGUAACAUAGAGACUGAAUACUGUAACAUAGAGACUGAAUACUGUAACAUAGAGACUGAAUACUGUAACAUAGAGACUAUUACUGUAGCAUAUAGCCUGACUACUGUAGCAUAUAGGCUGAUUACUGUAGCAUACAGACAUAAUAUGUUAUCUUACCUUCAUGUAAAAUACUUUAAUUUCAUUGGUCAAUGACGGAAGGUGACAACUGGAAA